ACGUCUAUAACGUGAUGAUCAGAGCAUAUGCGUGUACAAAAAUCAGUGUUGCGGAUGAAACUCUUUCUUCGUUUGGGUGGUUGUUGCUGUAUAAGCAAAUGCUCUGCGAUGGCAUUUCCCCUAAUUGUCUCAAUUUUCCGUUCCUUGUAAAAGAAUGCACGAGUAGGGUUGAUGGCUGCACAGGCCGGAGCUUCCGUGCACAAGUCGUUAAGUAUAAUGUUUUUGUUCAAAAUUCGUUGAUUGGUAUGUACUCUGCAUGUGGGUUUCUGAAUAGUGCACGUACCUUGUUUGAUGAAAUGUUGGAAAGGGAUGUUGUUUUGUGGAACUCGAUGAUUAAGGGGUAUUUGAGAAGUGGGAAUCAUGAUGGCGCAUUGAAUCUGUUUGGGAAGAUGAACGAGAGAGACAUUAUUACUUGGAAUUCCAUGAAAUGCAGUUCUAACAAUUGCCAGUGUCCUUGCAGCUUGUGCUCAUCUUGGUGCAAUUGAUCAUGGAUUCAUGGGAUACGGGUGCAUAGGUACCUGAGGAGAAGUGGCCUGGAGAGUGAUGUGGUCAUUGGGCAGCUCUGGUUGACGUGUGUGGUAAGUGCGGAUGUGUGGACAAAGCGUAUACUUGAUGACAAAGUCGUAAGUAUGGUUCUGAAAAGCAGCCCAUCCAAGACCAAUACUAGUAGGUUAUUUUAUUUCUGGGUACCUGAAUAUAACAGAUUUCCAAGUAAUUUUACUGUAUUAUGUUGGAAAUAGUGGUACGUAGAAUAUGGAACCAAAAUAAAUUCUUUGUAAGGCCGAUUACAUUUCCCAACAAGUAUUUCUCUGAUCUAUUAUUACCACUCAGACCGCUCUAUAUUACAGAAGUCACAGACUGAGGCACUCACCCAAGCAAGCAUAUAUUCUCUUCUUCAUUCUCUUCUCUGCCACCAUUUUUCUUCCUUGCUAUUCUUCUUUCGGUUUAUUUUUUUAGCUGACAAUGGAGGGAGAAGAUAAAGCGGGCCAUGCAAUCGGGAUUGACCUAGGGACAACAUACUCUUGUGUGGCUGUGUGGCAGCAUGAUAAUAUAGAAGUUAUAGUGAAUGAUCAGGGCAACAGGACCACUCCUUCUUAUGUUGCUUUCACAAAUACUGAGCGCUUGAUUGUUGAUGCUGCAUACAAUCUGGUAAUAAGAAACCCCACCAACACCAUCUUCGACGCAAAAAGGUUAAUUGGUAGGAGGUUCAGUGAUGAAUGUGUUCAAAAUGAUAUGAAGCAUUGGCCAUUCAAGGUCAUUCAAGGUCCUGAUGAUAAGCCAAAGAUUGUGGUUACCCACAUGGGCGUAGAGAAACAAUUCUCUGCUGAAGAAAUCUCAUCUCUGGUUCUUGUAAAAAUGCGGGAGAUUGCUGAGGCCUAUCUUGGUUCAACUGUGAAAAAUGCAGUUAUCACGGUCCCUGCCUACUUUAACGACUCACAGCGACAGGCUACGAAAAAUGCAGGUGCUAGUGCUGGGCUAAAUGUGAUGCGUAUCAUCAAUGAGCCGACUGCUGCAGCCAUUGCUUAUGGGCUUGACAGGAAGUCCGGUUGGUAUAGCAAGAGAAAUGUGAUGAUAUUUGAUUUUGGUGGUGGUACUUUGGAUGUUUCACUACUUACCAUAGCUGAUAGUGUCUUUGAAGUGAGGGCCACUUCUGGAGACACUCAUCUAGGAGGUGGUGACUUGGAUAACAGAAUGGUGAAUUAUUGUGUUAAGCAAUUCAAUAGGAAGCAUAAAGUGGACAUUAGUGGAAACUCCAAGGCUCUUAUGAGGUUAAGAAAUGCUUGUGAGAAGGCGAAGAGGAGGCUUUCAUUUAUGUCUGAGACUGACAUUGACAUUGACAUUGAUUGUUUGGAUCGGGGUGUUGAUUUCUGCUUAAAUAUUACCCGUGCCAAAUUCGAGCAACUCAACAUGGAUUUCUUUGAAAAAUGCAUGGAGCCUGUGGAGAAGUGUUUGAAGGAUGCUACUAUGGAUGUAAGCAGCAUCCAUGAUGUUGUCCUUGCUGGUGGCUCUUCUAGGAUCCCCAAGGUCCAACAACUAUUGCAGGAUGUGUUCAAGGGGAAGGAGCUGUGCAAGGGCAUUAAUCCUGAUGAGGCUGUGGCAUAUGGUGCUGCUGUUCAAGCUUCCGUCUUGAGUGGUGGGAAUCUAACUGGGAAGCUUCAAGACUUCACUCUUUUGGAUGUCACCCUUCUCUCACUUGGUGUGGAGACUACUGUAGGACCUCACAUGUCAGUUGUGAUUCCAAGAAACACCAGAAUUCCUGUCAAGAAGAAGAAUGUUUUUUAUACGAUCUAUGACAACCAAAAGACUGUCUCGUUCCCCAUUUUUGAGGGUGAGAGUAAAACAACCACGGAAAAUAACUUUUUAGGCUCAUUUUGCCUGAAGGACAUUCCUCCAGCCCCAGCGGGUGUUCCUGGAUUUAAAGUUUGCUUUGAAAUUGAUGCGAAUGGUAUCCUGAGUGUCUCUGCGGAGGAUAAGUCUACCGGCCAAAAGAAGGGUAUUACAUUCAACCGUGACAGAAGAACUUCUGAAGGAAUUGAGACAUUGCCUUAAGAAAGUCUCUAGACAUAUGUAAGAGAAACGUUAAUUUCUGGCAUGUAAGGCCAAAAGAUGGAGCCAAUGUGUGAGUUUGUGGCUCAAAAUCUUGUAUUCCUAUCUAUCCAUCUUACAUUGGAUUUACUGAUAUGCUGAACUUGUGAAGGUAUUGAGACAGUCAUGUAAGGCACAUUAAUUUAUGCCAUGCUAAUAUUGAAAUAGCAUAUUAAAUCAAUUUGAUGUUGUUUAGGGGUU